AUGGACCGAUUAAAAGAAACACGGCCCUUUAAUUACGCAGCAAUAGACAGCGACACGCUAUUAACUGCUCAUGACGUCAGGUAUGCAAAAGGACAAGACGUUGACAACUGGCUGAUUAUAGAUGAGAGGACGGCUGAUAUAAGACUCAAUAAAAUACCAGAUUAUGAGUCCAAGUUUCUGGUCAAUGGCACAUAUUACGCUCAGAUAAUCUGCAUCACUAAUGAUGCUCCGUCUAAAACUGCAACAGGAACCAUUGCCAUUCAAGUAAAGGACUUUAAUGACCACUGUCCUGUGCUGAGCCGUCAGUCUCAAACGCUGUGCUAUGAGGAUCACGUGGUUUAUGUCACGGCUGUGGACAAAGAUCAUUUCCCCAAUGGAUCACCCUUUGGUUUCAAAGUGGACACCAUAAGCACAAAGGAGUCAUGGAGCAUCGAACCUCUCAAUGACACUACAGCGAUAUUCAGAUCUCAAAAAACACUGUGGCCCGGCGUGUACCAUGUGUUUGUGGACGUGUGGGACCAGCAGGGGAAGAUCUGCGCUGCUCAGGAGCUUCAGGUAAACGUCUGCACAUGUGACGCUUCUAAAGUUUGCCUGCCCAGAAAAACCGUCUCUACGUUUGGAGCAUCUGGUGUUCUUCUGAUGCUGCUGGGACUGCUGCUGCUGCUCUUGGUGCCGCUUCUGCUGCUCUUCUGUCUUUGUGGCGGCGCAGGAGCUGUCGGAGAUUUCAUGACCAUGCCGUUUGAAGCUAAAGAGCAUCUUAUUGCAUAUAAUACUGAAGGACAGGGGGAGGACAAGGGAAUGGCUCUCUUACGGAUGUCAAAGCAGCUGGAUGACAGCAAGUACAGUCAUGUGGACGCUGAAGGAGGGGCUCGGAUGUGGGGUGAAGUAAAAGAUGGUGGAUUUAGAGCAGAAGGCUCACACUGGACCUCUUUCUACCAAUAUGACCAGCAUGAAAGUGCACAUCAUCACCACAGGAAUCAGACUGCUGGACGGUACAAGUCUGGACAAAGAAAAGAUGAACACAGCAGAUUUGAAGACUACACUUUUGACGGGCUUGCGCUGUCUGAUGCUUUCUUAGGCAACUACUAUUCUCAAAAAGCAAGUCAUGUGGCCAAGAAGCAAGAUAAGGGAGACAAUCUGAAGGUCUACGACUACGAGGGUGAGGAAUCAUACAAGGGCUCAUUUGAGGACAUCUGCGGUCUCCUACACAAAGACGACGACUUUUCUUUUCUUGAUGACCUUGACUUGAAGUUCAAGACCCUGGCUGAGAUCUGCAGUGGUUCUACAAUUAAGGCUGAAAUCAGCACAAGCGUCCCUGUGACCUCUAAACCGGUCCUGACCGCCACACAUGAAGAUGUCAACGUACAAGGGACAAUUAGUCAUUCACAGUCUCAAGAGAAAGCAAAGUCAUCCGCCAUCAUUCACACCGUAGGAGUGCAGCAGACCAGCAGCAUGUCUUCAACAGGAGCCUAUGUCCAAGAGAAGGUGGUGGUUCCUAACCAAACCCUGUUAGUCCAGCAACCCGCGAUGUACUACGCCCACACCACCCCCAUUUAUGUGGUGGAUGCCCAGCCUACUCUGUUGGUGACGCCUGGCCCAGUCCUAGGCCUUCAGGAGAACCUGAAGGGCUCUGGUGCUUCCCAACGUGGAACUGCCAAACGUGAAACGCAGCACUACCAGAGUAUAGUUAUGGUUGAGAAGCAGCCCACAGAAGGGUUUAAGCAAACUCAAGGCAGUGUCUCUGUAGCGGCCCAGAUUUUAAACGCUGAAAUAAUGCAGUCUCAAGGGGUUAAACAGGCUCUCCAUCCAUCAGUCCAGAUUGUAAACACUGAAAUAAUGCAGUCUACGGAGUCUCAUGAGGUUAGACAGGCGAUCCAUCCAGCCAGAAGGAUGAUGGCAGGAGCGGCCAGAGAGACGGAAGUUUGUGCUUCGUUGGAUAUGAGGGUUCCUCAGAGUCUGUAAGCACUUGGGAUGCACCGAUACUACAUUUCUCAGUUGAUACCGAUAACCGAUUAUUCAGAAUGACAUCAGCUUCCGAUACCAAUACUUUGGUUUCUUAAAGGUCCACUGACGUGCUUUGAAACGUGCAGCAUUAUUCUUUGUGUUGACGUAAUUUCAACUGAAACAGGAAGACAUGGUGGGGGGAUCACAUGACGCUUUCAUGGGCCCAGAUGCACAUUAGUUAAGCUCCGCGUAUUUAGCCCUUCUUUUAUUGCUGUUUGACUCUUUUACCUACAAUUGGGGUAGUUUUUUUCGUUUGCCAUUGGUUUGUAAAUGUCACACAGUCGGAAACUCGCUUAUCUUUCACCAUCAUCCUCUCCAAUAAAGAAGAAAACUAAAUCAGCAGCCGCGGCAGGCCGAGCGGACAUGGAGGAUAACAUGGCGAUCACUAUAAAGCGUUUUGAGGACAUUUUGAAAACUGAACCAGCAGCAAUGCGCACCGAAUUUGCCUCUCACAUGACCACAAUCCAGAAUAUGUGCUCUAAAGUUGACUUCUUAACCGGGGAACAGAGAGAGCAGAAAAGAGUGGUCAGCGAACACACUAGGCAUUUGAAUGCCCUCGAGCAACAAGUGAUUGAUCUACAAGACCGCAGCUGACGCAGUAAUCUCCGGCUGCUAGGGUUACCUGAAGGGGCCGAGAAAGAUGAUCCAGUUGGCUUUCUGAAACGGUCUCUUCCGACCUGGAUUCCAUCACUAGCGGACAAAGAUAUCGAGAUCGAACGUGCGCAUCGAGUUUACGCCAGAGCUUCAACUGAUCAAUCCAAACCGUGAGUGUUUCUUUUCAAACUGUUACGCUACAACGACAGGAAUCUGAUUCUAAACAAAGCAAGACGCCACGGUCCUGUAAAAACAAAUGACGGUGCAAUGCUGAGCUUCUUCCCCGACUUCUCUCCCGAGACGGCAAAGAAGCGGAGCUCCUUCACUAUAAUACGUAAGGAAUUGAAAGAGGCAGGUCUGCAGACCUUUCUUCAGUAUCCAGCUACGCUGAAGAUCGUCAUGAAACACGGCGAGACUAAACUACUGUACUCUCCGGAGG